AGUCAUAAAUCAUAACAGUGCUUGUGAGGGUGAAUAUAUUUGCAUUUAGCUUGAGAGAGAGAGAGAGAGAGAGAGAGAGAGAGAGAGCUUGGUUCUGUGUUUUCAAUCCUUGUAUUGAUUUUGAGAAAUAUGCAGGAUCCAGUGAGUUGUUUGUGUUCUUGCAUUCAAAGCUAUGUUACGCGUCAGGACAUUAGCUAUGUGUUCCGCACCAAAAAGAAACUUAAUAAUUUGGAGAACGCCAUGAAAGAUCUCAAAGCGAAGAAGAAGGAUAUUGAGAAAGAGCUCCAUGAUACUCAAAACAAGAGGAAAGUACCCGACAAUCAACUUCAACGCUGGCUUCAAAAGGUUGGAGAAAAGGAUGAUGAGGUAAACCAGUUAUGGAAUGAAUAUAACGACGGUUGUUGUGUUCAAGGCCCUUGUUGUCUAAAUUGUUUUUCAAGGUAUAGAAUUAGCAGAAGUGCGAUCAAUUUAUUAGAUGAAAUAACUCAGUUAAAAGAUGAAAAUGUAGAAGUCUCAUUCAUAGAGCAACAGCCUCCUGAACCAGUCACUGAAUCAUACAUAACAGUGGGAGAGAAAAUCAGCUCCAAUCUUGAGGUUGCUUGCAGUUAUCUAGCAGAUGAAGCAGUUGGAAUGAUUGGCAUAUGGGGCAUGGGGGGUGUAGGAAAGACUACACUCUUGAAAAAAAUCUACCAAUCAUUAGAUUAUCCGGACAUGGGAUUCGAUCAUCUGUUAUUUAUUGAAGCUUCGCAAAAUAUUCAGUUGGAGAAACUUAGAGAAGAGAUUGCUAAAGAGUUGAAAUUGGCUCCUCCUGCAAAUAAAAAGGACAUUGAAAAUUUCCUAAAAACAAAGAACUUUGUAUUGUUCUUGGAUAAUAUAUGGAAGGAUAUAGAUCUUGGUAAUCUUGGAAUUCCCCAUCCUAAUGGCGACAACACUGUGAAGCGUAAGGUGAUUUUCACUACUCGAUCUGAAGAUGUGUGUGCCCGGAUGGGUGGUGCAGGAGAAAAGAUCAUCAAAGUGGAAUGCUUGGAACCACGUGAAGCAUGGGCUCUUUUCAAGAUUAAUGUUAAUCUGGCUGUUAUUGAGUCAAAUAAAGAGAUUAAAGAAAUAGCAUGGCAAGUGAUGGAGAAGUGUGGUGGUUUGCCCCUCGUCUCAUAGUGUUUGGGAAGGCCAUGUCAAACAAAAAAACUGUUGAUGAGUGGAGAGGUCUUUUGACAUCACUAAGGCAAUCAAAUAUAAAAGUAGUUCAAGGCGUGAAGGAAUCAUUAUUUCCCUUUUUGAAAUUCAGUUAUGAUAAUCUACCGGGUAAUGUCAAAAAGUGCUUCUUGUUUACAUCCAUGCUGCAAGGGAAAUCUAACUAUGAACUUUUAGAAUCUUGGAUGGGGUUAGGCCUGCUUAGUGAUUUUGUCAAUCUACAAGAAGCUUAUGAGGAAGCAAAAUCUAUCCUCAAGAUUCUAGAGGAAUCAUGUUUACUGUAUUUUUCCGAUUAUGGUGAUGUGCACUUACAUGAUGUAAUUUAUGACAUGGCAAUGUGGAUAGCAUCAGACUGUGGAUGGAUAGUCCAAAAAUAUGAUGGAUCAGCAGAAAUAUCAACAAAUGACACAGAGAAUUGGAGAGAUGCAAAGCAAGUGAUUAUUGACGGCAUUAAGCUUUUGCCAGUUUUAUCUCAUCAGUGUUCUGAUUUGUUGAGUUUAAUGAUCGCAAACAGUCAUUCUUUGGAAAUAAUUCCUAAAGGAUUUUCUCUACAAGUGCCAAACUUGAAAUAUUUGGAUCUUUCAAGAUCUGGAAUCAAAGAACUUCCAAAGGACAUCAAAUGUUUGGUUAAUUUACAAUACUUAAAUGUUUCAUGCACAGGCAUCUCAUCGCUUCCAAUGCAGCUGGUAUCUUUGAAUAAAUUGCAAUAUCUGAUAUGUAGAGAUUUGAUUGGGCUUGGCAAGAUAAAGGAUGGUAUCAUUUCAAAAUUACACAGGUUAAAGGUUGUUGACCUAUAUCCGCAUGGAUGGGUAGAACCGAAAGAGUUAGAAAUUUUGAAGAAACACAUCAAAGCGAUAGGAAUGCGUGUAUCAUCACAAGAGGUUCUCGAACAACUCUCAUGUUUGCCAACUACUCAACUUUAUAUAGAGAAUUUGGAAAAGUUGAUCUCUCUUUCAUUUGAUACUUUAAGUUGCAAAAAUCAGGGAUCCUUGCAUGAACUAAAAAUUAGAUCAUGCCCACAACUUAAGGAAAUUGUGAUGAAUGGAAGUGGGACUCAUCUCAAUAACCUCACAAUCUAUGACAUCAAAAAACUGCAGUGUAUUACUUGGGGGCCAGAUAUAUCGCCUGCAGAGUAUUUUCAUGUGUUGAAGAAGUUAUUUAUAUGUGAAUGUAAUUUGGCCAGUUUUGCUUGGGUUCUGCAUCUCCCAUGCCUUUCUCAUUUGCGCAUACAGAAUUGUGCAGUAAAAGAAACGUUGUUUUAUGUCGAGGAUGAGAGAGAAAUGCAACAAGUCUUGGAAGGCCCUGUAUUCCCUCGCCUGGAAAAUUUAGAAUUGACAAUGUUAGAAAGACUAGUGAGCAUAAGCAAUUUCGCUUUGAAUUUCCCUCGACUUUCUCUGCUUUCAGUGCAUGAAUGUCCUAAUCUUAAGAAGCUUCCAUUCAAGCAUGGCAUCAACAACAGCCAAAUAAUCAACAUUGAUUGCGAUAGAAAAUGGUGGAAAAACUUGGAAUGGGAUGAUGCCACCAUCCCAUCUCACCUUUCACCAACAUGUCAAUGGUACGAUUACCAUCUAUAUCACUAUGUGCCUCAAUCGUACUAUAUGCUGGAUCUUUUUUCGGAUGAGAACACUGAUGCAUGCACGAUUAGUUGAAGUGAAUGAAAGGUCUUUAAGUUUUCCCUGUUUUUGUAGACACAAGUUAGAGAUCAUCUCAUGCUCAAACCAAGUCUUAAAUUUUCUGGGUUUUGCAUCUUCAAAAGCUUCUCAGAACUACAAAUUCUCUUUGCAGUUAAUCAGUGAUCUACCAAAUUUACUGUGCAAUUAUGCUUUGGAUUGCGUUUGUUGUCUUGUUGGUUUCAGUUCUAAAAUCUAAAUACACUUUUAUUGGUUUCUUAUUUAUAUCGGUGUGAAGACAUGUUAUUAUUUGGUUUUACAAGUUCAAGGUCUGUGUACCAUUAUUAUCUUAUGUAUUUUCUAAAUUA